CUUCGCAAAAAUAUUCCUUGCCACAUCGAAGCUGUUUCGUGUGGGAGAGUAUGCGACAAGCCACUGAGCUGUGGGGUGCAUAACUGCAAUAGAAAUUGCCAUGCUGGUGAUUGUAUGAAGGAGGGUGAAAAGUGCACACGACCUUGUAUGGUUCUACGUCGGCCGUGUGAGCAUCCGUGUUCAUUGCCGUGCCAUGGAGCUGAGCCUUGUCCGGAAUCGGAAUGUCGACAUCCGGUCAAUGUGACUUGCGAGUGUGGCAAACGAAGGAGUACCUUGAAAUGCUCAGAGCCGACAUUCCUUGGCCCAUCGUUAAACCACAAUUUCCGCCCAAUGUCUGUGGAUAAGCGUCGCUUCAUACAUGAAUAUGCGGCGUUCUUCUCAAUUGAAACUGCGGGUGUCGAUGAUCCACCGAAAAGAAGUGUUAUAGCAACUGCGAGAAGGGGAGUGAGCCGUGCACCACUGGUACUGCUAACAUCUUUGCAAAAGUAUCCCAAUAUGCUGAAGGUAGCGGGUUCAGUGACACUGAAAAGUUGUGCAACGAUUUUGGAAGAGCAGGAUUGA